AGCUCAUUGUAUAGGUGUGGGCUGUCUGUCGGCUGUAAGUUGUUUACUAUGCAUUACAUUCCACUUUAAUUGAUGGAUUAAGACUGUCGUAUUGUUGUUUAACCAAGUUAAUUAGAUUUAAAAAUGUCAUUCCGAAUUGUAAGAAAUAGUAGAUUUCGGCACGUUUUUGCUCAACCUUCGAAAAGGGAUAAUUGUUAUGAUAACAUCAAAAUCACAAAGAGUUCAUGGGAUUCUAAUUUCUGUGCAGUGAAUCCAAAAUUUUUAGCUAUUGUUAUAGAAGCUGCUGGAGGUGGUGCCUUUCUUGUUAUUCCAUUACAGAAAACUGGACGUAUAGAUGUGAAUUAUCCUCUAGUCAGUGGACAUAAAGGUGCUGUUUUGGAUAUAGCUUGGUGUCCAUUUAAUGAUAAUGUCAUAGCAAGUGCUAGUGAGGAUGGCAUUGUACGUGUCUGGUGCAUUCCUGAAGGAGGUUUGACUCGAUCCCUUACUGAACCUGCAGUUGAAUUAUUUGGUCAUCAAAGGCGAUGUGGAGUAGUAGUAUGGCAUCCGUCUGCUAAUAAUAUUCUCCUGAGUGCAGGAGCUGACUGUAAAGUCAGAAUUUGGAAUGUUGGUACUGGGGAAACGAUUGCUCAAAUGGACCAUCCAGAUUUGAUAUUCCAUUGUUGUUGGAACUGGAAUGGUAGUCGUCUCGUGACUACUUGUAAAGAUAAAAAAAUCAGAGUGUUUGAUCCACGUACUGGUAAACUCAAAGUUGAAGCAAAUGGUCAUGAUGGAGCUAAGCCACAAAAAGCUAUCUAUUUAAGAAAUGGUCAUUUAUUAACUGUAGGAUUUUCUAGAAUGAGCGAAAGACAAUAUGCUUUGAGAAAAGAGAGUGCUAUUUCUGAUCCUAUCAUCCUAGAAACUUUAGAUACAACAAAUGGUGUACUCUUCCCCUUUUAUGAUCCAGAUGUAAACCUCCUUUAUUUAUGUGCCAAGGGUGACAGUAAUAUACGUUAUUUUGAAAUAACAGAUGAAGCUCCAUAUAUUCACUACAUUAGUACUUAUCAAUCUAGUGAGCCUCAGAGAGGAAUGGGUAUGAUGCCAAAAAGAGGAUGUGAUGUAAGAAAUUGUGAAAUUGCAAGAUUUUAUAAGCUGCAUUCCCGUGGAUUGUGUGAAGUUAUAGCUUUCACUGUGCCAAGAAAAUCCGAUCUCUUCCAAGAUGAUUUGUAUCCAGACACUCUUGCUGAUACUCCUGCUUUAUCAGCUGAUGAAUGGGUCGAAGGAAAAGAUGCUGAUCCAAUUCUGAUGUCUUUGAAGGAAGGGUAUGUGCCUUCAAAAAAACAAGAUUUGAAGCCUAUUACAAAAUCCAAUCUUCUUGAUAAUAUGCCUAAGAAAAAUAACCCAACAACUGCUGCUCCAAGUUCUAAACUUGAUGAGCUUUUAGAAGAGGUGAAGAAAUUGAAAUCAACUAUUCAAAAGCAUGAACUUCGGAUCUUUGACCUCGAAAAGAAGUUAGAGAGCAGAUCUGGGCAAAUGAACUUUCUAAAAAAGGCUCAAACCAAUAAUCAUGGAGAGAAACAUUUAAUGCCUGACGAAGUGUGAUUCCAUUAUAUAAUGUCAUUCCAUUUUUUUAGUGUGUUUAUAUAUUACAGUUCAUUUGCUUUUCUUUCAGGAUUGAUAUUUUUUCAUUCCUGUGGCUUAUUUGAUAUAUUUAACAUCCCAUUUUAAAAGUGAUUAUCAUUAAUAUGUAUUAAGAUUAAAUCCUUUUUUUAUUAGUAGUAUUGUAAGUAUUGUAUAUUUCUACAUAAUAUUCAUUAAUUGAUUUUGGAAAAGAAUUUUAAACAUUCCUUCUGACUAAUGUACCUCAAACUGUUGUUUGUUGGGUAUUUUUAAAUAAGAUAAUUGAAUUUAUUUUCUGUGUGCAAAUAUUCUUGAGAAAUUUAUAAUUUAAGAAACCAAAAUAAAAAGCAGAAAUUCUUAGUAAUCUGCACUAUAUGCUCAUACUUCUUAAGCAAUAGGAGGGACUGACUUAUUGCAGAAGUUUCUUAUGAUAUUUUGAGAAGAUAUUACUAAGAUACUUUUUAUGGAGCAUUUGAAAUUGUUUGCAACUUAAUUAUUUAUUAAUAGAUAAAUUUAUUUCAGUUUAGGAUUUAUCUGUUUCGAUUCUAAUAAAUCUGAUUUUUGUAUAAAUUCUUAUGCUAGCUUUUAGUAAUAUAUUAUUGUCUUGUUUAUUGUGUGGGGAGGGGCCAAAAAUUGCAAUUCAUAUUUUGUUUGUAGAUAUUACAUUCAAUAGAUUCUGUGAAUUUUUUUCUUUUUCUCUGAUUUAUUAAAUAUUAAAUUCACCUUAUGUAAUGUUUAUUGGAUUCUGUUUGAUAGACCUGUUUUUUUUAAUGAUAAAAAUAAAUUUUUGCAACCAAUGUUUAUGAAAUUGUAUAUACAUUGAAGAGAAUUGUCUAAUGAAACAACUUAUUUUGACCUCUGCAAUAAGAGUUUAUUUCACUUGGUAAUAAAAUUAGUUUAAGAUUAAUAUAUCAAGAAAUCAAUUAUUAUAUAAAUAUUAUUUUUACAAAUGUAGUGAGGUUUAGAGUAUUUAAUUUAAUUGUUAUUGUUAAUGGAAAAGGAUUAUAUAACUUAGGAACACAAAGUUUAAAGAAUCAAGAUUUUUGCAUCUUAAUUUGAGAAUUCAUCUUUUAAAUGAAAUUCUAGAAGUUCUCUGAAAAUAGAAUUGAUCAUAAUUAAUUUUAUUAAACUGGUAUAAGUUAUCACUGAUGUUAACUUUUCCAUUUUGUUGGAAAUAUGCUAUGCUAAAAUUGGGGCUUAAUUUGAACUGUUUUUAUUAUGUGCUGAUUUUACAAUUUGUUCAUUCUUAAUAAUGUGCAUUCCAGUUUCCAAUUUUUGUUAUAAACUUUAUGUAGCUUAUAUAUUUUGAUAUUAAGAUUUAUCAAGAUAUUUGUAUGCUUUAUAAUUUGUUUUAUUAUGAAUAUCUCAAAUUUAUAUUUUUGUUGGUUGCCAAGAGAUGUUAAGUAGUUAAUUAUUUCAUUAUUUUUCUCUAGUAUAGAAAUAUAUAUGGCAAUUUUGUUAUGUGCAGAAUAAAUCAUUUUAAAAUAUUUUAAUCCAGUGUUGGACUGUAAAUGUAACUUUUAUAUGAUUCUCUAUGAUUUACCAUACAUCCUAUUUCUGUAUUUGUUUGGAUAUCAGAUAUAUACCUUUUUCAUUUUAAAUUUUAUUCAUUUUUUUAUGAUUUUGAUAAUACAUUAUUGCUUUUUAAUAUUAUUUGGCAUUGUAACCUGUUUGUGGUAUUAAUCUUUUAUGUCUUUGCAUAAUAUAGAUUAUUGUACAUUGAAAAUGUAUUUUGUUCUUAUUACUUUCCUUUAAUCAUGUAUUAAUUUUGAUUUAUUAUUAUUUAUAAUAUGUGUUUUCUGUAUAAAAUAAUAAGAUUUAUUUGAAACUUUUGUAAAAUGGUUCUGUUUCUUUGAUUUAAAAGAUAUGUACUGGUUAUUUGCUUGUUUUUAUAAUUACUUCUGGUAUAUUUUGUCAUUUUAAGUUUGUUAAUGUUAUAUUUGAAUGCUAUGUACCUGAAACUGUAUUGCAUUGCUGAGUUUACACAUUAUUAAUCUUCUCUGAUUAACGUUAUGACUUAUGCUUCUGUUUUAACAUUUUUGCCUUAUAUUUUCUUUAAAAAUGUAUUUCAUGUUGCUGAUUUCGAUUCAUACUUUAAAGUAACAUUGUUAUGUUUCCAACUUUUGUCUUAUUCUAAGAGCUAUGCAUUCCAGUCUUAUUUCAAGAUUCUUGUUAAAUAUUAAACAAGAAACAAUAAGGAAAGGUAAAAGGAUGUCUUUUGUUACAUGAUAUGAAUAGAAUAAAUAGCAUUUUUAUAUUGCUGAAUACAGAGUUAUAGCAAUUUUCUCUCCUCUACAGUCUAAUAAUGUGUUCGAGAGUUUUCGAAUCUCAACAUUUCAUUGUAAUAUUCUUUUCAUCUGUUCUUAUUUCAAACAUUUGAAGGCAAGAACUGAUCAUUAAGAAAUUUAAACAAAAAAGACAUUUGCUUUUCACACCAGUGCUAGUCUUUUAUUUGUAUCACUUGUAUAGAGGAAGCAUAUGACCCAAAAGGGCUGGUAUUAGAAGUCUGCUUGUUACUUUUAUAGUGUUGUAAAGUCUUUUGUCUUUAUGUUCACUUAUGGUACAAAUGUUAUGACAUUUUCAUUGUAAUAUUUAUUUUCUGUGAUAUUGUUACCAAUACCUUUUGUCAAUCGUGUCUUGCUUGUCUCUUUUCUUAUACAUCACAGAAAUACAUCAUUAAGAAUUUACUACAAUAUUUGUUCUUAUUAAUUGAUAUUAUUACUUAUAUAAAUCAUGCAUCCAUUUAAAAUUUAAUCAAGAGAUUUUAAGUGUUGCUGAUGUAUCAUCUUCGCAUGAUAAAUUUUAUGCAGAAACUAUGUGAAUUUUUAAUUAAUCUAAUCUUUGCUUAAAUAAGAAUUUUAGGGUUUAUCAUCAUAUAAGGGAAUUAAUUUGGCUUAUAUGAUGAUUAAAUGCUGAUUAUCAUAUGCAUUUUUUUAUAAUUUAAAUAUUACUCCCAAUUUUCAAUAUUAAAAUUUUUGUUGUAUUUUUUAAAAGUAUUUAACAAAGUUGUCCUUUUAGAAAAUUUCAAAUACUCACUUGCUCAAACUCCAAAAACUGAAGAAAUAGGCCAGUUUCUUGUUGAAAGAAAUUAAAUGUUAUAAUCAAUGUAGCCUUAUUCAAAUAAAGAGCUUCGCUUUAUCAGCAAGUUCAGAAUGAAAGGUCUGUUUUGCUUUAAUUAUUGAUUUGCUUUAUCUGGUAUUCUGAAUUGCAUACUUCUGAAAAGCUGCUGUGUUAGCUUAUUUUAAUUCAUCGAUAUUUUUCAGUUUUAAAUUUUAUAUAUAUGCUAUUAAUAAAUGUUUUUUCGUUUUCUUUGCUUGAUGACCGAUUUUAUGUAAAUGCUAAUCAUCAAAUGAAAAAUCUUUAAAACCAGUGCAUAUUGUUUCCAACUUUAAGUCUGGGUUUGACCUAAUUAUAAGAAUAGGCUAUGUUUUGAAGACUUUCUAAAAGCAUGGUAUGCUGUGUAUUCUGUAAUUGCAAGUAUUGAAUUUUUCAUUUAUUAUUUUCGUUGUAAAAAUAUUCUAUCCUUGGAAGUUAUCUUUAGCUUUCUGGCAUUUUUCUUGCAGUUGCAUGUAUAUCAAUUUAUUUGUACACAUUUUAUGAGUGAUGUGAACAUAUUACAUGUGUGUUUGUAUAUUGUAAGCAAGCUAAUAUUGAUACAUGACAAAAACUAUCUAGUGUAAUAUCCUUAUUUUAAUGCAUUAUUUUAUAUGCUAAAAAUUGUCCUGUUCAAAUCAUUUUAUGACAAAAAGAAAUAAAUUACUCUUAAUAUGA